UCCCACAUUUCCUCUUUCGCGAACUCAUUGAUACUAUCUAGGAUAACAAUGGGUGCCCCCGAUGCCGACCCGACCCUCACCAUUCCCUCAAUCACCCAACCGAAUCCUCGCUCGACACCGAAGCCUGGCCUAAUAAUCAUCCAUGCCGGUCUCUAUCGCACCGGCACCGCUUCCAUGGCCGCCGCAUACCGCAUCCUUGGACUUCAUGCUCAUCACGGCCUCGACGACGUGCCCGGCAACAACUGGCUCGGCAUCGAACACGCCGCUGAAGCCACUUUCCCACACAUCGCCACAUCGCCGCGACCCAAAUAUACCCGUGCGGACUGGGACAAGCUGUUUGGCGCAUACGACGUCGUCACGGACCUGGCCAGCGUGUUCGUGCCCGAGAUGAUCGCGGCGUAUCCGGAGGCGAAAGUUGUGGUUGUACAGAGGGAAUUUGAUUCGUGGUGGGAGAGCUUUGCGAGCGAAGUCCUGAGCCACUUCCGGCGGCCCGAGGCGUGGAUUGUAGGCGUGGCGACGUGGUGGUUAUUGGGGGACCGCGCGAUCAAGUGUAUGUCGAAAUUGAUUCCUGGAUUUUUCGGCGUAGCGCAUUCACGGGACGUCGAUAUUGACAUCGCGAGGACGAAGUACGAUGAGUACUAUAGAUUCGUGCGGGAGAGGGUGCCGAAGGAAAAUAGGCUAGAGUAUAAAAUGGGAGAUGGGUGGGAGCCGCUGUGUGCGUUUCUAGGGAAAGAUGUACCAAAGGGAGUGGCGUUUCCACGGAUUAAUGAUCGGAUAGAGCAUGCGAAGGGCUCGAACGAGAGGCUGGCGGAAGUUAUGAGUGAUCUUUGGAAGGUUGGUGGGCCAGUGUUGGUGGGGAUUCUUGCCACUGGGGGAUACUUUGUGUGGAAACGAUUGCUAUAAGGGGAAAUGGUGUCUCAAUAGAACGAGUACAGUAAGGGGGGUAUAAUGUUACGAUAGAACGAUUUUCGGUCAAAUGUACUGACGUGCAAAGAUCUAAUUAGAAUAACAACGCAUUCAGAUAUGAAGAUAGCAUCCGAACGUGGGAAUCGAGAGGCUUGGAGGACUGAUGGGAAACCUCCGGAGAAUGCGAUAUUGCACUCUAUAUAGUACAUAACUUCCAGUAGAGUCUUGAAAGCCUAUGACGAAUCGUGUACGCCCAUCAAAAUC